UGUAAACACAGGAACCUUUAUAUACCGGAUAAUUCCUAUCCUGUGAAAAAGUUUAACAAACGCACUCAGGAUGCCACCGAUGCCUUUCCCAAUGCCUCCAGUAAUAGAAUGGGAAUUCACGGUCUUUCCAAGGUGAUCGGAGAUCAUGCUCCCUCUGGAUCAAAAGAGAACGAGAUUAAGAACUAUUUCGGAAGGAAGAUUGCAAUUGAUGCAUCCAUGAGCAUUUAUCAGUUUCUCAUAGCAGUAAGAUCUGAUGGAAGUCAACUGACAAAUGAAGCAGGAGAAAUAACCAGUCAUUUGAUGGGCAUGUUUUAUCGAACUAUCAGGAUGAUAGAGAAUGGUAUCAAACCUGUAUAUGUUUUUGAUGGCAAGCCCCCUCUUAUGAAAUCUGGGGAGUUGGCAAAGAGAAAAGAAAAGAGAGAGGAGGCACAAAAAGGACUCGCCCAAGCAGAGGAAACUGGUGAUGCUGAAAGCAUGGAAAAAUUUUCUCGAAGACUUGUGAAAGUGACCCCAGAACACAAUAACGAGUGUAAGAAAUUACUUAAGCUGAUGGGAAUUCCAUACAUUGAGGCUCCUUGUGAAGCAGAAGCGCAGUGUGCUGCAUUGGUGAAAUCAGGCAAAGUUUAUGCUACAGGAACAGAAGACAUGGAUGCUCUCACAUUUGGGUCAAAUGUUCUCCUGAGACAUCUUACUUUUAGCGAAGCAAGGAAAAUGCCAAUAAGAGAAUUUUAUUUGGACCGCGUACUUGCAGAGCUUGAACUUUCACAUGAUGAGUUUAUUGAUCUUUGUAUUCUAUUGGGAUGUGACUACUGUGACUCCAUCAAAGGUAUUGGGCCUAAAAGAGCAGUGGAUCUAAUCAAGCAAUAUAAGUCCAUUGAGGAAAUCGUCAAACACAUUGAUACAAAUAAAUAUAUCUUACCUGAAGAAUGGCCAUAUCAGGAAGCCAGAGAAUUAUUCAAGAACCCAGAGGUUUUGCAAGAUGAAGACGUAAAUCUUAAGUGGGAGGCUCCAAAUGAAGAGGAACUUGUGAAAUUCCUAGUUGAAGAAAAAGGAUUUAAUGAAGAGAGAAUUCGUUCUGGAGUAAAAAAGGUCUUAAAGGCACGUAAAGGUUCUACUCAAGGAAGGCUGGAUUCCUUUUUCAAGGUUGUCCCUUCACCAAGUCCUCCAAUUAAAAGGAAGAACGAAGACAGCAAAGGACCAAAGACGAAGAAAUCCAAACCUAACGCAAGAGCAAUAGGAAAGAAGCCCAAAUAAAGGACAGUUUUGGAUCAGAUAUCAUUGACAGAAGUGAUUGUUUUUUCCGUUCAUCCAUACUCGAACUUCUGGUUAAACUUUAUUGAUAAAGAGAAAAGACAAGCAAACACGUUAGAGCACAAAUUUUACAUCUCCCUGUUGAUUGACCAAGAAAUGAAACAAAAUAGAAAAUUGGACAGAAAAGUGAAUAAUCAAAAGGAACGAACUGAAAAACUUGGACUGAAUUCAUCUACAUCGCUGUUUUACAUAACCGUGCCUAGCAGAGAAGAAAUUGCUUCAUAUUUCUUUCUGACUUUAGAUAUUUUAUAAGUUACGGAAAUACAAAUAGAGUUCAGUGUCUUCAUAUUAGGAAGAACAGUCUUUCAACAUCUACCGCCUUGAAAGGAAUUGAAUUAUUUCAUUAGUUAAAACAUUUCGUUCAGGCUGUAUUUCUUUUGUUGUACUGGUGCAUCAGUCACCAGCAUAUUGAAACAAGUCAAAUUGAGAAAGAUGGGUUUGCUUUACUUGGAUCUCUUAAUGCCUUGUAGACACUGUCCUAAGAAACUAUUACACGGGGAAUAAAGAAGGAUAUAAAUUU